CCCAAUACCAACAACAAUGGGUCGUUCAACAAUACUACCACUGUCAUUGCUUUUCCUUCUCGUGCUCGUUUCCCUCCCUUCACAAAUCUCGGCCUCUUCUUCUCAUAACACUUUGAUCCGUUGCCUCGUGAACCAUUCCCAGCCAUCUCACCCCAUAACCUCCGCCAUUUUCACCCCUAGCAAUGCCUCUUUCUCUUCCACACUACAAGCUUACAUCAGAAACCUCCGUUUCAACAACUCCUACACCCGAAAACCAUACCUUAUACUCACCGCCUUACAUGUCUCCCACGUCCAGGCUGCCGUUAUUUGUGCCCAAAAGCACAACCUGCUCAUGAAAAUCCGAAGCGGAGGUCACGAUUACGAGGGUGUCUCCUACAGAGCUCAACUCCCCUUCUUCAUCCUCGACAUGUUCAACCUUCGAUCCAUCCAGGUUGAUAUAGACGCCGAGACGGCUUCCGUUGAAGCCGGAGCCAUUCUCGGUGAAGUUUACUAUAGCAUAGCUCGGAAGAGUAAAACCCAUGGCUUCCCUGCCGGGGUUUGUCCCACGGUUGGUGUGGGAGGACAUAUAAGUGGUGGCGGGUAUGGGAAUAUGAUGAGAAAAUAUGGUCUCUCGGUGGAUCACGUCAUCGAUGCACAAAUAGUCGACGUUCAUGGAAGAUUGCUAGACAGGAAAUCCAUGGGUGAGGAUCUAUUUUGGGCCAUCAGAGGUGGCGGCGGAGCUAGCUUUGGAGUCGUGGUAUCGUACAAAUUGAAGCUAGUUCGAGUCCCUGAGGUGGUCACUGUUUUCCAAGUCGAUAGGACCCUGGAGCAGAAUGCCACAGAUAUAUUGUACCACUGGGAGCAUAUCGCUCCGAGCAUUGAUAAUGACCUCUUCAUUAGAGUUAUUAUUGACGUGGUAAAUGGUACUAAAAAUGGGACAAAGACUGUGAGGGUCAGAUUCAUAUCCAUGUUCCUUGGCGACUCCAAAAGGCUCCUCUCUAUCAUGAACGAGAGCUUUCCUGAAUUGGGUUUGAAGCAAUCAGACUGCAUUGAAACAAGCUGGAUUAAAUCGGUGCUCUUCUGGACAAACAUUAAUAUUACAGAGCCGGUUGAGAUUUUACUGGACAGGACGCCUCAGUCGCUGAAUUACUUGAAAAGGAAGUCUGACUAUGUACAGCGACCUAUUUCCAAAGAAGGGCUGGAAGGGAUAUGGAAGAAGAUGAUAGAAUUGAAAGACACGAUCCUAUAUUUCAAUCCUUAUGGCGGACGAAUGGCUGAGAUUCCAGCCACCGCAACUCCUUUCCCUCAUCGGGCUGGGAAUCUAUGGAAGGUGCAAUAUCAAGCGAACUGGAAUGAGGCGGGGAAAGAGGUGGCGGACCACUACAUAGAGCUGACGAGAAAACUUCACGGGUACAUGACACCGUUCGUGUCCAUGAAUCCUAGAGGAGCAUUCUUCAACUAUAAGGAUCUUGACUUGGGUAUCAAUCACAAUGGAAAGAACAGCUACCGAGAAGGCAGAGUUUAUGGGGUGGAGUAUUUCAAGGAUAACUUCGACAGGUUGGUUCGAAUUAAGACCCAGGUUGAUCCUUCCAACUUCUUCAGAAACGAACAAAGCAUCCCUACUCUGCCCACAAGUCGCAAGGGAUAGACCACCCAAUUAUUAAAUUACCUCCUAUGUCUGAUUCUUUAUUAUUUGUGUAUGGAAAUACAUAAAGCCUAGCUGUAUGAUCCCCAAUAUCUAUCCUUGAUAUGCCAUGACAAAUUCAGAUUGGACUGCUUUAUUUAUAAGGAUUGACCGGCUUCUUUUAAUUAAACAAGAAUAAUAUAUACCAUGAUCUUUUCUUCGUGUGA